ACACCUGUUACCCCCCUUUUGAACAUUGAAGUGUUCGAAAACAUCAAAAUCUGAGCCCCUGUAAUGCCUCACAUGCCUUAUGAUCACAUUACUUCUUCCUGCGAGUCAUGUGACUGUUUCUGGCAGGCAGCAUAUGGCUCUCUUGUGUAAGAGUGCUGACAAAUAAUCAUCCGAUCACUCCUGAUCUCAAAUGAAGUGUGACCAUCUCUGCGCUGGCUUUUCAUUAACUCCUGCCGAUUCACCUCUGCACUUUCCCCUUUCUCGUCUUUCAUGCGUCUACGAGUGAAAUCCUCUCACUGUCGUGUGUUGGAGUACCCCUUCCAGUCUUCCUCCCCCUUCCCUUCUCUUCCUUUUCCUCCACAGUAUGCUGCCUGCUCUAUAUGUGGCACUAGGGCGGCUUCAGGAAUCCAGUCCAAAUGUUUUCCAUAUUAGUUCAGAGCCUUCUCUGUUUCCAAAUAGCAACCGAGCUGGGCUUAUGGUGAGAGGAGGCCUCUGCAGGGAGGGGAAGGGAAGGGGAAAGAGGCAGGGCGGCAGGCUCGUCCACCCCAAACUCUGCAAAAGUAAAUGUUGGGAGGGACGGAGAGGGAAAAAAGUGUGAAGACGGGAGGAGAAAUGGGGCAGAAAGGUUCCUCGGACAAGAAGGAGGCCAAGAAGAAGAGAGAUGAAGGCCCAGCACCAGAAGACAGCAAUAAGUGCAGAAGCUGUUGCUUCCCGCUGCUCGUCGCCCUGCUCCAGCUGAUGUUAGGCGUCGCUGUCACAGCCGUGGCCUUCCUCAUGUUGGCCAUCAGCCCCUCACUCCUGACCAGGGAGACGCCACACUGGGCUGGGAUCAUUCUGUGCUUAGUUUCCAUCCUGGGCUUCAUCCUGUACUGUAUCACCUACGUCCCCGACGAGAGGACGUCUCUGCAGUUCAUUGUGAAGCUCCUAUACUUUGUCCUGUGUCUAAUCGGACUGGUCAUUUCGGUGCUGGUUAUGGCAUUCGCUGGAUACCACUACUCACAGACCAGCAGCUUCAACUGCGAUCAGGUGGAAGAGGACUGCGUGUGCAGGCUGGAUCGAGACGACCCAAUAGCCCGCACCUUCACCUACAAGGGGGUCAGCGACUGUGAGGUGAUCACCGGGACACUCACGCUCUACUUCUUGCUCCAGAUCGUGCUGAACCUGGCCCAAGCAAUCGUCUGUGCCGUCGGUGCCUUCAUCAUGUGGAAGGACCGUUACCAGGUCUUCUUCGCUGGUCUCCAGAUCGGCUCUCCCUCCACGCAGCACUGGCAGAAGGUUUAAUGUGAUGAGGACAGGGAGGGAAAUGCCAACUGGGUGAUUACACUCUGAAGGACAGGAAAUUGGCAUCUGCGGUGUGUGUUUUCUUUGAUGUCAGUUUACUUUUUGUGGUGGUUGAACUAAAAUGGCUUUUUGCACAGAUUUUGUAUACCACAUAUGUAAAUUUGUACUUCCAGUUGCUGGUGUUAUUAUAUUAUUGUGGAACUAGUGUUCCAAGAUAAUGAAAUCUUCACAUUGUUCAUAGUUAUGUUGUCAUUUGCUCUUGAGACAUACGGCUCAUAUACAAUUACAAUACCAGACAAGUUACAAGCACAACACUCAUUUGUUUUGCACUUAAAUCCCAAAAUGCAAAAAGAAAAUGUUGUUUGUUUUGAGUUACUGAGAAUUAAAUACCCCAAUUGUU